UAGUCACCAUGUUUCUGCAAAUCCUCCUCUUUUUAGCCCUUUAUUCAAUCACCAUCCACUUGUUCCACAAGUUUCAAAACCAUCCUCCAAUACCUUUUCCCAGUUUACCAUUGAUUGGCCACCUCUACCUUGUUCUCAAGAAACCUCUCCAUCGUUCCCUGGGGAAAAUCUCCAGAAAACACGGUCCAAUCCUUCUCCUCCAUUUUGGGUCUCGCCCUGUUCUCCUCGUCUCAUCCCCAUUGGCAGCCGAGGAAUGCUUCACCAAAAACGACGUUGUAUUCGCCAACCGCCCCUUACUUAUAUUUGGGAAGCAUUUGGGUUAUAACCACACCAGCCUUACCUGGGGUUCCUACGGUGAUAAGUGGCGGAACCUGAGGCGUAUUUCGUCUCUUGAACUUCUUUCAACCAACUCUCUCCAGUUGUUCUGCGUCGUGCGCCUUGAUGAGGUCCGCUUGCUUCUUCGCAAGUUGUUCAAGGAUCAACAUCGGACGGUGGACUUGAAAUGCGCAUUCUUCGAGCUGAUGCUGAACCUGAUGAUGCGGAUGCUAGCGGGAAAGAGAUAUUACGGUGACAAUAUCGCGGAAGUAGAGGAAGCGAGUAGGUUUCGUGAAAUACUGAGGGAAUCUUUUCUGUUGUCUGCUGCAUCAAAUAUGGUAGAUUUUGUACCAAUGUUGAAGUGGGUUGACAAGAGCGAGAAAAGGAUGAUCAACUUACAUAAAAAAAGAGAGACAUUUACGCAGGAAUUGAUAGAAGAACAGAGAAGGAAAAUGAAUGACGGGAAAAGUUCUUUAGCCACAGACAAGAAAAAAAACAUGAUUGAAAUUUUGUUGUCUUUGCAAGAAGAAGAGCCUGAAAACUUCAAUGAUGAAACUAUCAGAAGUCUCAUGAUGGUUUUGCUUCUUGCAGGAACUGACACUUCAGUGGGGACAAUGGAGUGGGCGAUGUCUUUCCUUUUGAAUCAUCCGGAAGUAUUGAAGAAAGCACAAACUGAAGUGGAUAAGGUGGUUGGACAUGGUAGGCUGGUGGAGGAAUCAGAUUUGGCCAAUCUUCCUUAUCUUCAUUGCAUCAUCAGCGAGACUCUGCGAAUGAAACCACCCGGUCCGUUGUUAAUGCCACACGAGUCAUCCAAAGAUUGCGUGGUCGGAGGAUAUCGUAUACCGCGUGGCACCAUGUUAUUGGUGAACACAUGGGCCAUACAUAACGAUCCUAACAAUUGGGUGGAGCCAACUAAAUUUAAGCCGGAGAGAUUUGAAGGUUUGGAUGGGUCUAAAACUGAGUUCAAGGUAAUGCCAUUUGGGUCAGGGAGGAGGGGGUGUCCUGGAGAAGGACUGGCAAUGCGCAUGGUUGGGUUGACAUUAGGGUCACUAAUACAAUGCUUUGAGUGGGAGAGAGUUAGUAAGGAGAUGGUGGAUCUGAUGGAAGCGCCUGGCCUUACCAUGCCAAAGGCUCAACCUUUGCAGGCCAAGUGUCGGCCACGCCAACACUUUCUUACUUGCCUUUCCCAAAUUUAAACCAAAUUCUCUAUUAAGUUGUGUAAUCUCCCACCUAUCUAUCGGGAUUUGGAGAGUGAACCUUUCAUGAAAUCUGUGGACAUAUUUUCCAGUAUUGUUAACAGGUUAGAUAUGCUUGUGCUUAGUUCAUACUCAUGGAUUUUUAUGAAAUUUUACUUUUUGUAUGAAACAGUUGAUAUAGUGAACUGAUGUAGCGUAUGUAUUUACAUAUAUUGGAGAUUGAUGUUUAUAAUCUUUGUCUUGCUCUUUUUAUGCUCUAGUUAAUGAUGAUGUUGGGUAACCGGACUGAAAGCUGGAUUUAUUCAGACUAGUUGCCAAUUGUUUGAGUAUUUAUGCAUCUGCUUUCAUUCUGGAAUUGAAACCUGGAAAAAGAUGAAAACCUGGGUUCAAUUGCUGGGGUUUAUAUUCUAUUAUGCUGAACUCUGCAGUGAAUAUUUGAGGCAUGGAGCAGAGUCCAUUUUAGUUAAUUUGAUUGCAAAAUUG